AUUCCUACAUGAGAACGAUCUGAACGGCACGAUACCCUCCUCACUAGCCAACCUUUCAGACCUUGGAGAUCUAUUCCUGCAGUUCAACAAAUUGACCGGCACAAUUCCUGAAUCGCUUUACACUCUCACAAAACUAAGCAAGUUUAAUCUUCUAGACAACUACCUCACUGGCUCGGUCUCUACGAGAAUAGGCAACCUUGAAGCACUGAUGAUCUUGAACCUUGGCUACAACUACUUGACAGGCCCUAUUCCUGACUCCAUUGGCAAGCUUAUGAAUCUGAACGCCUUAUUUCUAUGGGGAAACAAAAUGACAGGGUCGAUACCCACAGUGAUAGGCAACCUUGUUUAUUUGAGUGACUUGUUCCUUUCUUGGAACAACCUGACUGGCAGCAUCCCAGAGUCCAUUGGCAACCUCUUGCAGCUCACAACCUU